AUGGCAAAACAAACAACCAAUAUAUCAACAGAAUUUCAAUGUAUUUAUUGUAAAAAUUACUCUUCAAGUGUAGACGAAUUAAAUGCCUUGACUGAUAAUCGAUUUGCUCCAAUUCAUGGAUCAGAUUACGAUGAUUUAAAUCUAGAAAUCACCAGAUUUAUAAUUCAUGAUCAAACAGGUUUAUGUUCGUUAGAACAUUCUUCAUUGGAAAAAGGUGAACAAAUUUAUGUUUGUGGUUGUUUGAGGAAAAUAUGUUCAAACGAUGGACAUGAUGAUUCAACGAUCGUAAAAAAGAUUGGCCCGGUGAAUGAAUGGUGGUUUUCCGGAUUCGAUGGCUUUUCUUCACUAUUGAUCGGAAUCGAAAGCCAAUAUGCGUGUUAUCUGUUAAAAUUUCCACCACAUGAUAGCUACAAAGAAGUGUUUGAAGAAUUAAAUUCAAAAAUGAUGUUGACCAAAAAAAUCAUUGAAAUUAUUCAGGAAAAUCCAAAUUCUGAUCUCGAUACACUAUUAUCUACAUUGGAAAAUCAAACCAAUUUCACAUCAUCUUCCCUGUUGACAUCAAUCAAUUUUAUAGUCAAUCAGAUAAAAAGCUAUGAUUCUUGUCGAGAUUCAGAUGAACUUUGUCUCAGUGAUACCUCGAUAUUCAAGAUUUUAAAUGAUAUUGUUGAUUCAAAUUUUUUGUUUAAAGAUUUUAGUCUAGAUAAAUCGAUUCAAAGUUUCAGUGAUCAAAGUGCCGUUUUAAAUAUUGUGAAUACGAAAAUAUCGCUACAAAUAUUCGAUCGGAUAUUCAAUAAUAUUAUUCGUCAUAGAUACAAGUGUUCGGAACAACAAAAUGUUUCUAAUAAGACGGAACUUUUAUCUAAUAUCGAAAUUGGUACUUUCAUACGAUACAAGAUAGACAAUCAUUAUGAAUAUGGACGAAUAAUUCGUAAAUAUCCAGAUUCCAAGUCUUUAGUUCAUUUUAAUCAUUAUGUGUCUGGAAAUAAUACUAUUCUCGGUGAAACGAUAUCCAAAAAUAUUUUAUUUGCAUCAAGAGAUUGUUCGGAUAUUCAUUUACCUUCGUCGGUGGAAAUGAUUGAUGUUAAAUUUAUCGAAUCUUAUCUCAAUACAACUACAAAUGAGUUUAAUUAUCAUCAAAUUUAUGACCGAAAACGAUGUGUUUUUGAAAACCUUACCAAAUCUUCAUUGGAAAUUCAUUGUUUUGGUUGUGAAAAAAUUUUUGAAACACCAUAUUCGAUUGGCGACUGUGUAUUAUUGCCUCGUUAUGAUAAUGAUAUAAAAUUGCCUUUAUACACUUAUUUUGAUGAUAAUAGAAGCCAACAACAUUCAAAUGAUAGACCAUUUGAUCCACAAUUAUAUCCUGAAAGGCGACGAAAAAAAUGCCGAUCUGAUUUAGAUGUUCAUAAUCCAAAUGAUUCAAUUUUGUAUGGUUUCAACGUAGGUUAUAUUGACGAAAUCAUUCACAAUGAAUCUGGUAAUCAAUUAAAGUUGAAUAUAUUCUAUAAACCGGAAAAUAUUUUUGAAAAUUUUGAAGAUUAUCAAAAAAGUGAUUGUAAUUUGUUAUUUUGGUCAAACCAAACAAAUAUUGUUCAAGCAUCAAAAGUGUAUCGAAAAUGUCGAGUGAUUUUUGCCGAAAAUAUUACAAACACAUUGGAUCAAGAUGAAUUUUUCUACUUCAACCAUUGUUAUGAUCAUAUAAAUGGACAAAUUCAUGAUGUAUCAGAUUUAUUGAAAACGAAAUUUUUUUCAAAAUCAACCGAAUCAAAUUCCUCGAAAAAUUGUACAAUUUUAGAUCUAUUUUCCGGAUGUGGAGGUUUGUCCUAUGGAUUUGCUUCUUUAGCUUCGAAAUUGUAUGCUAUUGAAAAAGAUAGACAAGCAGCACAAACAUUUAAAUAUGAAUUUCUAUCACAAAAAUUACCACCACCAGGAAAAAUAGACAUAAUCAUUGGCGGUCCACCAUGUCAAGGUUUUUCUGAAAUGAAUCGAUUUUCAAACACAGAAUAUUCAUUAUUCAAACGUUCUUUGCUUGUGUGUUAUCUGAAUUUUCUGGAAUUCUAUCGACCAAAAUAUUUUCUAUUCGAAAAUGUUUACAAUAUGAUUUGUUAUGGAAAAUCAUUGAUUUUUAAAAUUUUCUGCUCUUUUCUCAUUCAAAUUGGCUAUCAAAUACGUAUUGUAAUUUCACAAGCUGGAUGUUAUGGUUUACCACAAAAUCGACGUCGACUUUUCAUUGUUGGAGCCAAAUCUACGAUUAAAUUACCGGAAUUCCCGUUGCCUACACAUAUUUUUCAACCAAAUAAAUCCUCUAUGAUAUUCAGAAUAAGUGAUGAAAAAUUCGAUCCAUUCAAUGGUCAUAGCGGCGUAUUUAGAAUGGUCACAAUUGAAGAUGCAAUCGGUGAUCUUAUCGCUUUGAAUGAAAAUGAUUAUUUUAUCGAUAUGGUCAGAGAAUAUAAAAGUGAUCCUAAAUGUCAAUAUCAGAGAAAAAUGAGAAAUAAUAAAUGUAAUUUAGUCACCGAUCAUUAUUGCAAACGGUUGAGCGAAUUGAAUAUUGAACGUAUCAAAAGAAUUCCAUUUGAAAUUGAUGCAGAUUGGAGGGAUCUCCCGAAUAUCAGACUCAAACUAUCAAAUGGUCAAAUUAUUGAUAAAUUGAAAUAUGAGAAAAAUGUUCAAAAAUCAAAACAGAAAAAUACAUUGAUACCUUGGUGUUUGGUUCAUACGGCUGAUAAAAAUAACAAUUGGCAAGGACAGUAUGGUAGACUUUCAUGGAGAGAAUUUUUUCCCACUAUUGUCACUAAUCCGGAUCCAAUCACAUCACAAGGCAAAGUUAUUCAUCCAGAUCAACAUCGUGUCAUUACCAUACGUGAAAUGGCUCGUUCACAAGGUUUUCCAGAUGAUUUUGUUUUUCGUGGUUCAGUAACAAAUAAAUAUCGCCAGAUCGGUAAUGCUGUUCCGCCAUUGUUAUCACUGAAAAUAGCUCGAGAAUUUUUCAAAUCAAUGCAGUAAUUAAUAAAAUU